GCGAACUAAAAUUUGUCAAAAUGGUCGAAAAAAUUGAUCUUUAUAUGUCUUGUCCCGUAAGAAGAACUGGUUGUACAAAAGAAUACAACCCAAGCUAUUGGGAACAUGCCAAUUGCGGCGGCCGUAUGUAUAUUGACACUGAUGCUGACAUGGGAUGCUACAAAUGUGGAUAUUGGAGCAACUGGAAAAAUUGGAAUUAUGCUUGCUCAAGACAUCCUUUGGAAUAUGAAGAUGCGGAUGACAGAGACGUUCUAAAAAAUUUGGGUCUCACAGUUAACCUUUACGCUGCAAAUCCUAGUGAUAAGGGUGUACUCAAGAAAAUUCUCCAGAAACUGUUAGACGCGCUAUUUUAA